AGUGAACUUAAAGCGGCAAGCGGAAGCGACGCCUGACCAACUGCUUACUCUACAGAGUACGUAUGCAAUCCCCGUUACUUCCGCUCCGCGCCACAUGUGUCAGGCUUCAGUCUUCCUUUGUGUUGCGCGCUUGAACCGGCGAGGAAGUCCCUAAACGAUAAUGUCUCAUACCGAGGCUGCUCGUACAGACUCCUUGGGUGAACAGGAAACUCGGGGUGAUGUAGAGACCGAUAAAAAGGCCAAAAACAGACGACCUGCAAAUACUGCUUUUCGGCAACAGCGCCUGAAAGCCUGGCAGCCUAUCUUAACACCAAGGAGUGUGUUACCUUUGUUUUUUGUCGUUGGUGUUAUUUUUGCACCCAUUGGCGGCCUUCUCUUGUGGGCAAGCUCAGAGGUACAAGAAAUUGUGAUAGAUUACUCUGAGUGUGCUGAUAAAGCACAACGGACCCCUGUCCCAAUCCCAGACAAAGUCAAAUCGUCUUUCAAAUCGUCCAAUCAGCAGCCUAAUCCGACUUGGAUGAAAUACAGAGAUGAAAAGACGAACGAGACCAUUUGUCGCUUGAGUUUCAAGAUCCCAGAGAACAUCGAACCUCCUGUGUUUAUGUAUUAUCGCCUGACAAACUUCUACCAAAACCAUCGGCGAUACGUGAAAUCGCUAGAUAUAGACCAGCUUAAAGGAAAGGCAGUCGACAAUAAAACUAUUGAUGGCGGUUCAUGUGACCCACUCAAGCUUGAUGACAGCGGCAAAGCAUACUAUCCAUGUGGACUUAUCGCUAACUCCAUGUUCAACGAUACAAUAAAAAGCCCCGAGCUUUUGAACGAUGGAAAUGACGAUGAUCCUGUAGUAUACGUCAUGACUAAUAAGGGCAUCGCAUGGGAUAGCGAUAAGGAACUUAUUAAAACCACGCAGUACAAACCAGGACAGGUUGUCCCCCCUCCGAAUUGGCAGGCCCGCUAUCCGCAUAAUUACACCACAGAGAUUCCCGAUCUCCACGAUAAUGAGGAAUUCAUGGUUUGGAUGAGAACAGCUGCAUUGCCUAACUUCAGCAAACUGUCCCGGAGGAAUGAUACCACCGCAAUGUCACCAGGCACUUACCAAUUGGACAUCGCAGAUCACUUUCCAGUUACAGAGUAUGGGGGAACAAAGUCAAUACUCAUAUCUUCCCGGACUGUAAUUGGUGGGCAGAACCCUUUCAUGGGUAUUGCAUAUGUUGUUGUUGGCGGUCUAUGCGUCCUUCUUGGGGCGCUUUUUACUAUUGCUCAUCUAGUGCGGCCCAGGAAGCUUGGAGAUCACACUUACUUGACCUGGAAUAACGAGCAGGAAGGUAGCGCCAUAGCAACCGGGAGAGAUAAUAGGUUUGGGCCGACCACCCAUUAAAUAAUACGUGUUUUCCAACCGACCCCACCGUGCGUUAUUGUACAUGAUUGAGUUCCAUGCAAUCAUCUAUGGUUCCUGAGAAACCAUGCGUCAUAGUUCGAGGCGUCUGUGGCUGGAGUUCCUUGUGGUGUCUGUUAAAUUUAAGCGGCCCUCCCCUUACUUAACUGUUGGUAUGACUGCUUUUGUUGCGACACUAGUGUCACCUGGAGUGGGUGUGUCAUCAGAGCAAGAGGCCACCUGUUUACGAAGACUGAUCUAACGACGGUUGUCGCCAGAU